AUGGACCUUUCAUCAAACCAUUUCAGUGAAUCAAUUUCAUCUCUGAUUCUACCAAACAAGAUGAUCACUAGUUUGUCUCCAGACAGCGAUCUUGUAUUAGAUCUUCACGAGAACCGACUCCAAGCUCUGCCUACCCAGCUUCCUUACAAGCCUUCCCCAUUUUUGAAGGAGCUAGAUCUUAGUGAUAACGUGUUGCAGGGCCCUAUUCCAAGAUGGAUUGCUCAACUCACGAGUCUAGAAGUCAUUUAUCUUUCUUCCAAUGACUUCAAAGGUAGCAUGGACUUGGACAUGUUCUCAAACUUGACCACUCCUCGUUAUCUUGAUCUAUCUGAUAAUCACUGCCUUUUCCAAAUGCUUCUACACCUCUAUAUAUAUUUGCUUUUUCUGGACCUUCACUCUAACAACAUACAAGGUCCUCCAGUUUUUCCCCAAGAUGCUCAUUUUCUGGAUUACUCAAAUAAUAGUUUCACAUCGAUCAUCCCUGCUGACAUUGGUUCAUACCUCUACAAUGCAGCCUUCUUUACAGUUGCAGGCAAUAAGUUCCAUGGAGAAAUUCCUACAUCAAUUUGCAGUGAAAUUGUACUUGAAGUCCUUGAUCUAUCCAAUAACAAUUUGGAUGGCACAAUACCAAGCUGUCUAGGUAACUUCAGCAGUUCUCUGUCAGUACUAAAUCUAGGUGGGAAUGGUUUGAAGGGAGCCAUGCCUCGGGUUUAUGCAGAAUCAUUAACUAUACUUGUGUUCAACGGAAAUCAAUUAGAAGGAAAGGUGCCGAGCUCUUUGUAUGGUUGUCAAAAAUUGAAGGUUUUAGACCAGGUUAACAACCAGAUAAAUGGUAUUUUUCCGUUCAGGUUGGAGAAUUUACAACAACUGCAAGUUCUCAUCCUGCACUCCAAUAGGUUCUAUGGCCAGAUUAAACAUCCCCGGAUGAGGAAUGCCUUUCCAAUGUUUCAUGUGAUUGACCUAUCUUCCAAUGCCUUCGUAAGCCAGUUGCCCUCUGAGUACUUCCAUACUUAG